GAGACUCAAUCCCUACUAGGUACCAUUUUAAAAAAAAUUUUUUACAUGUAGGUCUUUAAUUUGGGAUUGAUUUUGUGUAUAGUGUGAGAUUGGGAAUAAUUCUAAACACCCCCCCGCCCCCCAUCAGCUCCUGGCUGCCUGGAAGAGGGACAGACCCAGAUCUCAACGAAGAAGAGAGGCACAUCAAGGGCUUUCAUCCUCCACUAAAGGCCCAUUCCUGCCUGAUUAAGGGACCCUAAUCAGCUUGGGGAGAUUAAAGGCUCUUGCCUGCUGUUCCCACACCCCCGCCCUGGGCUAGGUUGGCAAGGAAGACUAGGGGGAUCGACCCUGUGACUCCUUACUCCGGCCCUGGGCCCGAGCCCCAGACUUUUCGGUGAGUGCAAAGGCCUCUUUCCUUGGCCUCGGGUCCAGUCUGAGGGCGGGUGUGGGCUUGGCCUGUCUCCAGCUACCUCGAAGACACCGACCCAGGAGCGGGGGGAGAAGUGGUGGAGGAGGAUAAACAGGUUGGCAACUGCUGGCAGGGGAGGCCGAAGGGGGCCUGUAGGCCGCGUUCUUGGCCCCCAUCUAGUCGCGCAGGCCUGGGGAGGGGGCUUUGGAAGCGGUGACACCUCACUGGUUAAGCGGAUUUUGAGAAACAAGUUUGGGGGAGAGCCCUACGGGAACUCUGGGGGGUCUCAGUCGCUCAUUUUCCGGGUCUGGGUUCGCAGAAGCCGGCGAUGACCGUGCGCGCCCUCCACGCGGGUGGGCUCCCCGACGCCCGCCCCACGCCCGACCUCCCGCGGGCCCUGCCCUGGCCCGGGAUGCUCCGGUUUCUACUCCUGCUACUCUUCCCGCCGCCCUCUGCCUUUUCUGCCGUGUUCAAAGUGGGGGUGCUGGGGCCCUGGACUUGCGACCCCAUCUUCGCCCGGGCGCGUCCGGAUUUGGCCGCGCGUCUGGCCGCCGCCCGCCUGAACCGUGACCUUGCCCGGCAAGGCGGCCCGCGUUUCGAGGUCGCGCUGCUGCAGGAGCCGUGUCGGACGCCAGGGUCGCUGGGCGCAGUGUCCUCUGCGUUUUCCCGAGUCUCAGGUCUCGUGGGCCCCGUGAACCCCGCAGCCUGCCGGCCAGCUGAGCUCCUAGCCCAAGAGGCUGGGGUCGCGCUCGUGCCCUGGGGCUGCCCCGGGGCGCGGGCGGUGGGCACCACGGCCCCGGCCAUGACCCCCGCCGCGGAUGCUCUUUACGUCCUCCUUCGAGGCUUCCGCUGGGCUCGCGUGGCCCUGGUCACCGCCCCCCAGGACCUGUGGGUGGAGGCGGGACAUGCUCUGUCUACCGCACUCAGGGCCCGGGGCCUGCCGGUUGCUUUGGUGACUUCCAUGGAGCCAUCGGACCUGUCUGGAGCCCGGGAGGCCCUGAGGAGAGUCCAGGACGGGCCUAGCGUCAGAGUAGUGAUCAUGGUGAUGCACUCAGUGCUGCUGGGCGGCGAGGAGCAGCGCUACCUACUGGAAGCCGCAGAGGAGCUAGGCUUGGCAGGUGGCUCCCUGGUCUUCCUGCCCUUCGACACUCUCCACUAUGCCUUGUCCCCAGGCCCGGAGGCCUUGGCUGCUAUUGCCAACAGUUCCCAGCUUCGCAGGGCCCAUGACGCUGUGCUCACCCUCACGCGCCACUGUCCUCCAGGAGGCAGCGUGCUGGACGGCCUGCGCAGGGCCCAAGAACACCAGGAACUGCCCCCCGACCUCAAUCUGCUGCAGGUUUCCCCGCUCUUUGGCACAAUCUAUGAUGCGAUCUUCUUGUUGGCUGGGGGCGUGGUGGAAGCCCGGGCCUCCUCUGGUGGUGGCUGGGUGUCCGGAGCUGCUGUGGCCCGCCAUGUCCGGGAUGCUCAAGUCCCUGGGUUCUGUGGGGCCCUAGGAGGAACUAAGAAGCCCUCUUUUGUGCUGCUGGACACUGAUGCGGCUGGAGACCAGCUGUUUGCCACAUAUAUGCUGGACCCUGCCCGGGGCUUCCUGAGUUCUGCAGGGAGCCCAGUGCACUUCCCUCAAGGAGGUCCCGGACCUGGACCAGAUCCCUGGUGCUGGUUCGAUCCAAAUGUCAUCUGCAAUGGAGGAGUGGAGCCUGGCCUCAUCUUUCUUGGCUUCCUCCUGGUGGUAGGGUUGGGGCUCAAGGGGGCUUUCCUGGCCCACUAUAUGAGGCACCGGCUUCUUCACAUCCAAAUGGUCUCUGGACCCAACAAGAUCAUCCUUACUCUGGACGACAUCACCUUCCUCCAGCCACAAGGGGGCAGCUUUCGAAAGGUGGUCCAGGGCAGUCGGUCAAGCCUGGCGGCUCGCAGCAUGUCAGACAUUCGCAGCAUCCCCAGCCAGUCUCUGGAAAGCUCCAACAUUGGCCUUUAUGAGGGAGACUGGGUUUGGCUGAAGAAAUUCCCGGGGGAUCAUCAUGUAGCUAUCCGCUCAGCGACCAAGACGGCCUUUUCCAAGCUUCGGGAGCUCCGGCACGAGAAUGUGGCCCUCUACCUGGGACUUUUCCUGGCGGGGUCCGCGGACAGCCCCGCGGACCCCGGGGAGCGCAUGCUGGCUGUGGUCUCAGAGCACUGUGCGCGCGGCUCCCUCCACGACCUCCUCGCCCAGAGAGACAUAAAGCUGGACUGGAUGUUCAAGUCCUCACUCCUGCUGGACCUCAUCAAAGGAAUGAGGUAUCUGCACCAUCGCGGCGUGGCUCACGGGAGGCUUAAAUCACGAAACUGCGUGGUGGACGGGAGGUUCGUGCUCAAGGUCACCGACCACGGCCACGGGCGACUGCUGGAAGCGCAGAGGGUGUUACCGGAGCCUCCCAACGCGGAGGGUCAGCUGUGGACAGCUCCCGAGCUGCUUCGGGAUCCGGCCCUGGAGCGCCGGGGAACUCUUGCUGGCGACGUCUUUAGCCUGGGCAUCAUUAUGCAGGAGGUCGUGUGCCGCAGCGCCCCCUACGCCAUGCUGGAGCUGACACCCGAGGAAGUGAUACAGAAGGUACAGAGCCCCCCUCCGCUGUGUCGACCCUCGGUGUCCAUGGACCAGGCACCCAUGGAGUGCAUCAAGCUGAUGACAUGGUGCUGGGCAGAGCAGCCGGAACUUCGGCCCUCCAUGGACCACACCUUCAACCUGUUCAAAGGCAUCAACAAGGGUCGGAAGAUGAACAUCAUUGAUUCGAUGCUGCGAAUGCUAGAGCAGUACUCCAGCAACCUGGAGGACCUGAUCCGGGAGCGCACAGAAGAGCUAGAGCAGGAAAAGCAGAAGACAGACCGUCUGCUCACACAGAUGCUGCCUCCAUCUGUGGCUGAGGCCCUGAAGAUGGGAACACCUGUCCAACCAGAGUAUUUUGAAGAGGUGACACUGUACUUCAGUGACAUCGUGGGCUUCACCACCAUCUCAGCCAUGAGUGAGCCCAUUGAGGUGGUGGACCUGCUCAAUGACCUCUACACUCUUUUUGAUGCCAUCAUUGGUUCCCACGAUGUCUAUAAGGUGGAGACAAUUGGGGAUGCCUAUAUGGUGGCCUCAGGACUGCCCCAGAGGAAUAGGCAGCGGCAUGCUGCAGAGAUUGCCAACAUGUCUCUAGACAUCCUCAGUGCCGUGGGCUCCUUCCACAUGCGCCAUAUGCCAGAGGUGCCCGUGCGCAUCCGCAUCGGCCUGCACUCAGGCCCGUGCGUGGCAGGCGUCGUGGGCCUCACCAUGCCGAGAUACUGCCUGUUUGGGGACACGGUCAACACUGCCUCGCGCAUGGAGUCCACUGGGCUGCCUUACCGCAUUCACGUGAACAUGAGCACUGUGCAGAUUCUCUGCGCUCUGGACCAGGGAUUCCAGUUGGAACUGCGAGGUCGCACCGAGCUGAAGGGCAAGGGCGCUGAGGACACGUACUGGCUGGUGGGCAGACUCGGCUUUAACAACCCCCUCCCCAAACCGCCUGACCUGCAGCCGGGGGUCAGCAACCAUGGCAUCAGCCUGCAGGAAAUCCCUCCUGAGAGGCUCCAGAAGCUGCAGAAGGCCAGGCCAGGCCAAUUCUCAGGGAAGUGAGGCCUGGCCCUGGACAGGUGCUGCUCUCCCCUUAGACUCCGGCCACGAACCUCUAUGGAAUGCUUACUAAGGAACAGGCAGUUCCUCCACAGCCCCAAAGCCUACCCCUGCCUGCAAAAAGCCCCACCCACGCCAGGUGUCCCGGCCCUGAGUUACUGUGCCCAGGCUGGUUCCUAAACCCAGGGAUUUCCCUGGGAGGGAAGCACCUGCUGCAGGUUACUGGUUUGGUAGGUCUGGAGUGGUCCAGCAAUCCAAGUUUAGGAAAUUCUGUAGUUGUGACUUCCUGUGACUUCUCUCUUCUGAUCCCACCUCCUCCUACUCCACAGUAUAAGCCAUGCCUACUCAGGAUGACUCUCAGGCUGUGCAUUGCACAAGAGACAGAGCUCUAGUGGGCAACACUGGCCAGAGGAGAGUGUGAAAGUUGCCCCUGGAGUUUUGUUAGAGCAGAAGUCCUGCCCACCAUCCUUCGAGAACCUUUGACCCAUUACCCUACCCUUUCUAGGUGAGCCCCCUUGACUCCUUUCUUCCACUUCCCUCUCAGACAUUUCUCUUCCCCUUAAGAUUAUUCUGGAAGGCCCUUUUCCUGAAAGUGCUGCUAUAUGUGACCAAAAGUUGGGCCAGUACCUGUGGCUUCUGUCCAGCUCUGCCUCCAAGGAUUCUGAGCCUUUUCAAGCGCCAGCUGCAAACCAGCUGUGUGGCCUUGGGAAGGUCUCACUGGAUCGUCAGGCUUGGGUUCCCUUCAACGGUGGAAUGACAGGGACCUAAGUGGUUUUCACUGCCCCUGUGGCCCUGCCAUGACUGCUGGGAUUCAGAGUGGCCGGCCUUGGCAUAUAGGAUACUGUGGCAUAUAUAGACAAUAUGGGGUCCCAAUUCCUAAGGACCCUGAGCCCCCCAGGGGAUGUUGGGAUGGGGGAGGGUUCUCCACUUUCCAGGGCCUCUCAGGGGCCCAGGAAGGAGGAUCUGAGAUGACCAUCCCAAAGGAGGUAGAGGCCCCAUGUUCCAUUGAGGCAGGGGUAUUCAUGUGGCCUGGGGAGGCCAGGGCUUCUGUUUAGCCUAAAAACUCCCAGAAAAUUUCCUUUCCCCACUAGUCAGAAAUUGGCUCCUUCCCCAGUAGACAAGACCAAGCCACUUGCUCAAGUGCAAAGAAAAGCUUGCUUUGAGGCUUUAGAGAAAGGAAAUUGAACUGCACCGACCUUUACUAACCAGAACAGUGGAAGAAUAAGAGUAUUCUCUGUUUAACUGGGAGCUCCUGAGCAGACAGUUGAACAGAAAAUCUUCUCUGCUUAAAUCUUUGCAACAACACUCAGUCCUGGCAAGUGCCCCCUGAAGUUUCCUUUGUGGAACUCUGAUGUGCCAGGCCUAGGCUUUGGCAUAUUUGAUUCUUGGUGUUCUUUGCCAUUGCCACAGACCCUGGAAGAAGUUAGGUGUAGCUACAGCACUCAGUAGGUAGUGAGUGUUCAGUCCCUGAAGGUAAGCAAACAGAACUGGAGGCAUUACUGACAAGAUAUGACAAGAUAGUAUGGCUGGUGGAGCAGCACCAUUACCUGGGAACUUGUUAGAAAUGCAGAAUCUCAGGUCCCACCCACACCCCCUGAAUCAGAACCUGCAUUGUCACAAGAUCCUUCAAAAUACUGUAGGAGCAUAGAACCGAAUGUAGGAUCUCCCUAAAUCUCCCAAUCUCUACAAUUUCAUAAAAGUGACACCAGAAGCUAGUCAUUAGACUUGUCUUGGUUGGCUUAUGGGGUGUUUUUGUUUUGAGCUAACAUUUAAAAGUAAUCCUAAAUCAGUAUAUUUAAAAAGUCUUUACAGGGCCAGGGAUUUACUCAGUGGUUCCAGCACCUGCCUUGUAAGUGCAAGGUCCUGAGUUCGAUCCCCAGUACCAAAAAAAAAGUUAAAAAGUCUUUAUAGUCAUCUCUCAUUAUAUACAGGGGGCUGAUUCCAGGACUCCUGUGGAUAUCAAAAUCCUCAGAUGCUCAAAUCCCAUAGAUAAAAUAGCAUAGUAUUGGCAUAGAGCCUAUGUACUUCUCCUGUAUCCUUUGUCAUCUCUAGAUUACUUAAUACCGGACACAAUGUAAAUGCCAUGUAAAUACUCACUACACUGUAUUGUUCAGAGACUGUGACAAGAAAAAAAGUCCACACGUGUUAAGUACAGAGUCAGCGCCACCCUGCAGGCCUAACUACAUAGUGUAUGAUACACAGUUGGUUGAAUCUGUGGAUAUAGUGCCAAAGGAUACUUAGGGCUGACUGUACCAAAUUUCCCUGCUCUCCUGAAAUCAAAUUUCCCUCUCCCCUUCAAGUAGGGCUUAUAUCACCCCUCAGUCACAUCAAGGAGCUAAUCGCUUUGUUCCAGGAUUUCACACUUCAUUCUCAGGGUCCCCACUUACUCCAAGACAUGAGGUUUUCUGGGCAUCCCCAUGUCUGGCACCUGUAGACCUUCAGUUUAGGACUCCUGGACCAAUAGAUGUUAAGGUUUAGGUGCUCCUGGAAACUGUCUCCCCCCCCCGCCCCCAUUAAUUUAAUUAGUGACUUCUUCCAAAAAAUAAAGAAAGGAUUUAGAAGAAAUAGUAAA